AUGGCUGGCCUGAGCCAAUUCUGCCCAAAGUGCACUUUGCUCCUCUUGGCUUUGCUGUUCCCGCUGGAGCUCCCCCUGGGAGAGGGCAAGGCAGCCCCUUCCCCGGAGGGCGCUGUGUCUGGGGUCCCCUCCCUCCCUCUCAUCCAGAUGCUUUUGAGAGAGGCCCCGCCCAGAGCCAGGCCCCAGGGCCGCCGCAGGAGGCAAACCAGGGGGCAGCCGUUGCGCUACAUGCUAGACUUGUAUCGGAGUGUGGCUGACCGGCACGGCCAGCCGCGCAGGAACCGUCGGCUCAGCACCAAUGCUAUCCGCCUGGUCCAGCCCUUUGCCAAGGCCCGCCAGCCUGGGACAGGUCCCUGGCUGGUCUGGAACCUCGACUACCGCCUGGAAAUCAAGCCGCAGGUAGAGCACUUGGUGAGGGCCACAGUGGUCUAUUCGCGGAUUCAGUCUUCAAGCCACGGCCAGUUCUUGUGCUCAGCUGAGCUGCUCUCCAGUGGAAGCGUCGCAUCUCCGGUCACCCUUGGCCUGGCUCCCCCACGCACCGACAUAAGGAACGCCUCCACCGCUUCUUCCUGGGAGAGCUGGGUGGAGACGGACCUCUCUGCACAUCUCCAGCUGUGGGCCUGGGGUGCCCACAGGAGCCGGGUGGUCCGUGUGAGCCACACCUGUGCCUUUCUGGGGCCUUUUGGGGGCUCGUCCCCAGACCCUGGCUGGGCAGAUAAGCUGUCUUUGAAUUACCCCUUCUUGCUGCUCUACCUCAAUGACACUCAGAGAGGCAUUCGGGCCGAGUUUGGGGGUUUGAGCUCUGAGCAGGCGCCUUUCCCCCAAAGCCUGGCCCACGUCCGCCAGGCUCGUGAGGUGGGCAAGCUUGCCCUGGAUGUUCCAAGCUAUGGCUGCACAAAGAGUCCCAAGCAGAAGGAGUGCUCCCUCCGCCACUUCCGGGUCAGCUUCCGCCAACUGGGCUGGGACCACUGGAUCAUCGCUCCCAAUUGGUACUUGCCCCAGUAUUGCAAGGGGAGCUGCCCCCGUAUCCUGCGCUACGGCUUCAACUCUCCCAACCACGCCAUCAUCCAGAACUUCAUCAAUGAGCUAGUGGACCAGAGUGUCCCCCGUCCAUCCUGCGUCCCUUAUGAGUACGGCCCCAUCAGUGUCCUCAUGCUUGAACAGAACAACAAUGUCCUCUACAAGGUGUACGAGGACAUGGUUGCUAAGUCCUGCACCUGCCGCUAAAUCUUGGGGAUGGGUGGGUGGGUUAUGUAGGGAGAUGCUAAGCCCCACCAUGGGGCAACCUUCUGAGGAUGACCUCAUGUGCUGUAGAACCGGUUUGCAUUUUCCUGACAGCCAUACCUAAGAGACAGUCCAGGUUUUAAUAGUUGUGGCUAUUAUUCACCUAGGUCCUGAUUUCUCUCACUUCCUGGUGACAUGACGGAUGUACAAGUUCGCUGGGCUGUUUUACAGCAAGGUUUUUAGGCACCUGUUGGCAAAUUGUCCUUUCCAUGUACUUCUUCAAAGAAAGAGGUCCUGCUGGGAGCUUUCACCCUGCCAGAACCUCAGGAAGAGUGAGGAGAUG